AUGCCUGUCCCGAUCCACUCAAAUCCAAGUGACACAUACCGCGUACUUUGUCGGAAUAUCGAGGAGUGGCUUGAUCUUUAUGGAAUGAGCCCCAUUAAGCCUAAUAGCGUCCGUGCAUUCGAUAAAGUACCACCAACACUCCAACCCCUUUCGGAUGGACCUCACCGCUGGCUCUUUGAACGACAAUGCGAGGUUGGAUAUGACGGAAGAGCUGGCCAAAGCAUUAACAGCGUGGUUAAGGUGAUACAAUCACACAGCAUGCACGAGAUACAACCUCUCGAGGUUCCGGAGGAUUGGAAGGCAAGUACAUAUAAAACCUCCCAGGAUGCUAUCUCAAACGAGUCUAUGAACACCACUACUGCGCUGUUACAGACAUCGCUGCGCCACUAUAUAGACAAUUUGCACAGUGCAUGGCCCAGCAUCCCUGUGAUAUUGUAUAGGCCGAGGUCUCAUUUUGCGACUAUACCUUAUCCAAAACCAAAUCUAACUCUGCACGAGUUGUGGGAUCCUCACAUGACUUUGUACAGUGUUGAGUGGACCAUCUUCAAGAUUUUGUGCAAGGGAGAUGGUGGCGUGACUGGAUACAGCGCGCUCGGUCCAAAGAUAUUCUAUGAUGCCCUAUUACCUGCUAUCUGCCAUCAGAUUCGAGGUUGCAGAGUAUCCAGGUCAACUCCCGUCGUCUUUCCAUCUUAUUCCGCCGAUUAUGGCUCUUCUGUCUGCCUUGACUUUGUCUGUAAACCAUCAAUGAACGCUCUUCUCAAUGAUCUCCCUGAUGGAUAUGUGCCGAUCCUAUUUGCCGCCCAUCAUGUCGAUACCCUCCACGCAUUCGAACUAUCAGAGAUCUCAUACGUUCGUCCGGGACCACCGGAGCUCAUGCCAGACAGAAGGCCGGGCCUCGUGAAGCUAGCCAAGGUUUUUCAGCCUUCGUUACAAUUGCUUGUCAUGCACUUGACGAAGAAAUAUCGAAUCGAUGAUUAUCAAUGGCGCUCCGACUGGAAUCCAAUCAUUGGCAAGAAAGAUCCUGCAUGUUCGAGACCUCAUGUUCCGGAGAAAUAUUUUUUCUUCGGCAUGAAUUACUCCCAAACCGAAUGCAUCAUCUACACUUUCUUCCCGCGCUAUGAAGUCACAUCCUCCGGGCGGGUGGAGUGGGGAUUCUGUUGCUACGAGGCACAUAAUCCCUGGACCACCGACGACGUCGACCCACUGCAUCGCGUUCACUUGAUCAACACCUUUCUCAGAAUCCAACGCCAUACUGCUGAGCUUGUCGAAAUUUUCAAAGACGUAUCUCAUUUGUUAGGGAAAACAAGAUGUCUCUGA